GAGGAGUCAUUGAACGCAGCAGCAGUAGUGAAGCCCUGCUCAGCGGUGCCAACAGCAGCGACUCCCCUUGAGAAAAGUGAAAGCCAACGCCCCACACUGUCAGCUCCUCUACCCAGUCACCUCCUCCUCCCUCCUCCUCCUCCUCCUCCUUUACUCAGAGGCGGACAGAGAGCGGAGUUUCUGCGGCUCUCGCUGUGGUUUGAGACGGAGCUCCAACACCGAGUCUAACUUUACCUCACUGAGGCUCUUCUCAUCGGAGACGGUGAUUCAUCCGACGGAGCCGCAGCAGCAGCAGCAGCAGCAGCAGCGGGGAGAGAAGUUUGCUCAUCUGAACAGUGGCUCUCUCUAAAAACUCCUACUAAAACUCACUCUCUGUAUAAUAAGUUAGUUACUACAGAAUGGCUGACACAAUUACGUCCGGUCCCAGCUGCCUGGAGAGGCUGAAAAAUUACGUGAAGACGCCGAAAGGGUUUAUCCUCGCGGCUGAAAUCGUAAGUUCAAAUACGCUCACCUUCAACGUUGAACUUUAACUCUGUUCAGACAACUAAAACAGAUUUUUCUUGUAACAAAACGGUACAGUACUGUCUGUUCUUGCUCUUGGAGGUUAAAGUCGUGUUAAAGUUGAAUUUCUCCCUCCACUUUGAUCAUCUCCUCCUUUUUGCCUCCACGGUGUGGUCGUGGAAUGAGAGGCAUGCGGUCUGUGGGGGUGAGGGUUCACGCAGGGAGAGGUUAAGGGUUUCCACCUGUCACUUUUGCUCUUCUGUUUUCUCAUUUGGCACCAAAGAGCCAAAUGCUGCGCGUUAAUGGCACAUAAAAAGGUCAAAUGGGUUAACUCGGCCCUCAGUAGCUCCUGGCAGGCUAUCUUCUAUUUUCUUUUCUUUCUAUUUGUAGGGAAGCCCAAAUAUGGUGUAGAUAAAGCGGACUGUUAAUCAAAUUCCUUGCUGUGUAAAAGCUCAUUAAGAGACUUCCUUCUACUCUUUCACAUCUGCUCAUAGUUACUGUAUGGUUACUGUAUGCACAUAUAAAAGCGUGGGUUGGAAAUGUAGUAGCAACACUUAAAUCCAAUGGUGAGUAAGUUAUAGAUGUGUGGGUUUAAGUGUUCCACAUCCUGGCAAGAGACAACCACUUCCUGGCGAGUGAAGCAUUUUUUUAAGCUGUCCUUGACUACACAUGAUCGCCUUUGUUUGCAUUUCACAGUGGUUUGCUCCCAGAACACAUGACCAACUCAGACCUGAUUUUUUUUCACCUAAGUUCUGCAUUUGGGAGUUUUUUUAUCAUCUUCUCAGCGCUCAUGCGUGCCUAAUUUGACUAUAAUGACUUAACUUACAGUACUGAGAUGGAAAUGUUUGUACUUUCCCUGCUUUUAAAGGCACUUUUUAACGUCUGCUCUCAUAACUCGACAAGCUCAUUAUAAAGGAGGAUGUCGGAUGUUGGUGGAAAGUGGUCCACCCACUGUAAAGCCUUUUUUUUUUUCCCCUUCUCAGAGGUAAUGGAAAGUCCAGACUGUGUGUGAAGUUUGGGAACAAAGAAUGUGAGAAUUGCUUCGCACACUUCUCUGGUGUGCCAUUCACGGAUAGCUUUCUGCUUCACUGGAUUCUCUCUGUAUUUUGUUGUUUUCUUCCCCGCCUCCUGCUUUUACUGGAGCCGAGUUAGGGGAAUUGUCAACAGUGCUGCAUGUCUGAGAUAGUUUACAGUGCAGGGAGAAGGAAAGUGGGAGUGGAACAGGAAGACAAAUGUCAUUACAACUGAUUAUGUCCAAUCUAAUAGGAAAUAGAGUGUUUAUUCUAAGCAAACAGGAUUGCACCGAUUAAAAUCUUCAAGUUGAAAAUAAACCUCAAGUCUAAAAGGGAUAGGUGCCUUUUACCCAGCUUUGUUUUGACUGCAAGUCUUGCCAUACUGCACUUGAGUGAUUCAUUUUCAUUUAACCUGUCUGUCAAAGGCAUGACCAUACUUGAAGCUGCAGAACAGCAGCAGAUAACAGCCACACACCCAUGUACAGCAAAUUCUGCUUGUCAUGUGGCACAGUUUAGCCAUUGGCUUUUUGUCAAGAUGAGUCAUGCCCUGAGUUGAUCUUUUACCCUGCUGUUAAUAUCAUAAAUACAGAGUAGCCACAUUGUCUCAUGACUAGGAACUCCUUUGUGGAAAAUGUGUAGAUGAAAAGAGAAACUGAGCAAGGGAGAAGUUGAGUGAAUGAGUGAAACUGAUCUUUCCAUUUCUUCAAACCCACGGUAUACUAUUGAGCCACACUAGCAUUACUAACAGAGCCCAAAAUGUAAGUGACUUCCCUUAGCAACUGUUGCUGUUUGGUGUGCCUCAGUACCACGGCCUCGCUCUUGGCUCUCAUGUUGCGCCUGACUAUAAUUAGCCGAGCAUUCACGACAAUUUCCCUCCUGUCGGUUUUAAAAGAAGAGCUCAUUAUAUACCGAUGUGAAUGGCCGGGAUCUUUAAAAGCAAACAGAUAGGCCGCUGUGUGAAAAACAUAAAGGUGUCAACAUCUCACUGCCUUUCUUGUCUCUGAGCGACUCUUGUGUAGUGGGAGUUGCUCUGUGUCACGGUCUCUUCUGUAGCUGCUGCCCUCAGAGCAGCCUGCUCUGGUCUGAAUAGAGCUUCUUUUGUGCAGGACCCCCGGCCUCCACAACCCCCGCUACUCAGAGGCAGCCUGUGCCAGUCUCCAGAACACAUGAACUACUCAUGCAUCUGGCUGGCUGGCUGGCUGACUGGCUGCACGUUUGUGUAACAGUUGUGACGGAGGGGAGGGGAAGCAGCAGUGACAGAUGUAGGGCUGGUGUCGGAGUCAGUUACAUCAUAUCAUAUAGACUGUGAUUUGAGACUCACCACUGAGUUGUCUGCUUCUGAGAAUAAAACAUGGCACUGUGCAGCAUGUCCUUCUUUAAAUAACAUGAGACUUGUCUUUCUUUUUAUUUAGUCGUGAUUCAUGACUAGAUUAUUUCACUUCUCAGGAUACAGCAGUGUUAAAGGGAUAUAUAAAAUUAAUUUAGGGUCAAACACACCGUAACACAGAGUCAGACACCCCCUCCAGAGAUGAAUGUUGCCGACCGCUUGCUUCUCUAGUUAUACCAACUUGAGUAACAACCGCAGGAUAGCAACACACAGCGGUCUGAGAAGCAAUAAACAAACCACAACCAAAACACCACCAAAACACCAGAUGCUCUGUAUGCUCAGAACAGCACCUAACUUCAUCAACAGGACAUACAGGGUCCCAGCCACAGUACUAGCCACCAAACAUCUUUUUAACUUUGCCUGAUUUCUUUAGCAAAGAGACUAAACACAACUCACCUACUCUCUUCCAGCAGCCGCUUGUUUGUAGCAAGACCUCAGGUUAGUCCAUUACGGACUACAGUGGGGUGACGCAGCUCAAGGAAGAACAUUUAUGAUCAUUUCUUAAUGAAAAUGCAAUCAGACCGAGACGCUAAGGCAGAAGAACCACAGUGUCUGCAGAGCAAAAUGAUUAAUAUGAUGAUUAUUACUUCAAGGAAAUGAUAAAGAAAUGAUCAUAAAUGUUCUUCCCUGAGCUGCAACACCCCACUGUAGUACGUAAUGGACUGGCCCGAGGUCUCGCUACAAACAAGCGGCUGCUGGAAGAGAGUUGGUGAGUUGUGUUUAGUCUCUUUGCUUAAGAAAUCAGGCAAAGUUAAAAAGAUGUUUGGUGGCUAGGACCCUAUAUGUCCUGUUGAUGAAGUUAGGUGCUGUUCUGAGCAUUAUUUGUGGCUAUAGAGUGGCGUUUUGGUUGAGGUUUGUUCAUGGCUCCUCAGACCCCUGUGUAUUGCUAUCGUUGCGGUCGUUACUAAAGUUGGUAAAACUAGAGAAGCAAGCAGUCGGCAACAUUCAUCUCUCCAGGGGGUGUCUAACUCGGUGUUUUGGUGUGUUUCACCCUGAAUAAACUUUACGCCGGAAUAUCCCUUUAACAAACAGGGAUGAACAAUAUAAUAGGCAUGUUAGUGGCAUUAGUAGACAUAAAAACUUGCAGAUUUAAUCACCGGCCAAAAAGGUGAUGCAUGAAUAUAUGCACGCAAUGACUACAUAUGUUGGCAGCAUCUUUCAUGAUUUCACAUUUUGAAACUGUUUGUUCAUCUGGAUUAACGAUGUCGAGCAAAUCUUACCAGUGUCUUGAUUUGGUAGAAAAUAAAUCCAAUAAAUGCAACAUUAUAAUCUUGACCUUUCAAUCAACUACUCUAAUAAAUGUUGCACUUUCUUGAUUCAGUCGCCCUCUGAUAUCAAUCUGAUCAUGUAGUUGCAUUUUAAGCUUGUGGGUGGCAGCUCAAACUAAAAAUACUCCAGUGAUGGACGUGACAUUACGUUAUUUUUAUCAAAGCUACAGCAGCAGGGAGCAGGAAGAUGCUGCUGCAGCAGCUUAACUAUGGUGUGCUGAAAGGGACAAAAAAGCUCAAGAUUUUUUAAAAAGUAAUGCAUUCGCAGAGGUCAACAGAGAACUAAUCAGCAGCUACUUAUAAGAGUUUAAUAAGGGGGAUUAAAGGAUUUCAAACAAAUCCCCUCUGUUUAAUCUUCGAUGUGAGCUUUUGUCUUAUUUGAACCUGUAGCAAGUUAAAUAUCCCUGUGUUUGGACGAAAAGCAAACAGCUCUUCAGCUUUUCAAAUGCUCUACACAAGGGUGUUAAAAAUACCAAAAACACUUGACUAUUCACAUGUUGUGUUCUUGAUACUGUAUCAGUUCAUUUUGGUCACAACGUGUGUUCAUGCUUGGAUUUGAGGAGUGGAUGUAGCUCAGUGUCUCUCAGUCUGGAGGUUUGGCCGUCUGAUCACUGUCCUCACAGUCACACUGAAGGAUCUUUAGGGAAGACACUGAACCCUGGAUCGCAUCCGGUUUGUGAAUGGCUUUAAAUGGGAAUUGAUUGUCUGAUUGUCUCCCACUAUAGCAGGCCAGGCUCCACUGUCAGCGUGUGAAUGUUGCGUAAGUGGGUGAAUGUGACGUGAAUGGUAACAGCGGUCAGAAAGAUGAGAUAAAGGCUGUAUAAGUACGAGAACUAAAAGUAGCUCCAUGAGGUUGGAUGACAGGGGAUGUGAAAAAUACAAAUGCGCUCACUGUUCUGUUUAGAUAAAUGAUUAACGUUUAUAGCUUAACCGCUUUUGCAUAUGGUGUUUCAUUCUUGAUGCCAUGACGAUGCAUACAAACUCUGCACACCCAGAGUUGCAUCUUUAAACAACUGCAGAAUGCAAACUGACUUCGCAUUAUUUUUUUACUUUAUAAAAUUUUGCACUGUAUUUGUGUUUUGCAUUGUGAAAACAAACUUGGUUACAUUCUGUAUUUACAACAGCACAAAUAAAUGUUCAAUGCAGUGGAGAGGAGUUAUGAUUCAGAACUGAGGAAAGGACAAUAUGAUGAUAAAUACUCCUCAAGUACAUUAAAUGCUAGCCUUGUAAAUGCCUUGGGAGUUGUAAUUCUAUCAAAUUUUCACAGCUCUCUCAUGUUGUGUGAAUGCAUCCGCCCCCUCAGUUUGCAGCAACAAUAGCAGUAUUGAAAAAUCAAAAGGCUGAUACUGGUUCGGAUCCGUGGGCUGUCUGAGUUUACAAUUUCUGCACAUUGGCUGCGUUUCAGUGGAAUGGACUGAGAAGAAUGCACGCUGACUUUUUACCCUCAUAUGGAAAAAUAUGAUGUUGAUUUGAUGUGAAUCUCAGGGGAGAGCAGCAUGUGACUGUUGGACUGACAGCAUGCAUUGUAGUCCAUGUAGCUAUCAAGCCUCAUCGUAGAAAACAUUGCUUCUGGUUAGAAAUUGUUUUAUUGUAUUGAUGUGGAGUUGUGAGCCGGCUGCUGUAAAUAAAUCAAUUGUGGACUGUCUGACUGGCACUGACUGUUGAAAAGAUUUACUUCUGUUCUCAGCGCUGCUAUGAUCGGUCUUUUGUAUUUUUGGGAGUCACAGAAGAUCAGUUAAUAUGACAACAUCACACUGACUGAUGUGAACAUGUGGUGAUAAUACACAUACAUGGUUUUAUUAUGUGAUUUAUGACGCUUUCUAACCAUUGUUUACCCAAAUCAAAACUUUUGUCAACAUCCGCUUUGUUGAAGUUGAAGUUUUAAGUCCCAUUGAUCAUCAAGUUAACAGACUUCAACCUACCACGAAUGUUUUUAAUGCACCUGACAAAUUGGAUUUAUAUUACAGUCUGCACAGUCAAGCUUUAAAGGUGCAGCUGCAUUGACAAAUUUAGCCUCUGCACCGUCAUAUCCACCCAUUUCCCCCACCACAAUUGCAGCAACUUCCUCCAAGUCUGCCUGGUUCUUUCUGUGGAAAAAAAGAAUCCUUUUAAGUUCCUGAUUCUUACGACAAUGUGAUGCUUAUGUGCCAAAAAAUUAAGUAUCUCCUUGCUUGUGAAACCUAUACUGAAGUAAAAUUCCCUGAAAUGCUCCACGGCCCUCAUUGCAACAACUCUCCCGUAAAACAACAGAUUAGAAUAUUAUUACUUUAAUAUCUUAAAUGAGGAUACAAAAUAGGAGGAUACAAAAUGAUACAGCCUGAAAUGAUAUGAUACGAUACAAUACAACCCGAAACGAUACAAUACGAUAUGAUACAACUUGAAACGAUACGAUAUGAUAUGAUACAACCUCUAAUGAUAUGAUAUGGUACGAUACAACCUAAAACAAUACAGUACAAUAUGAUACGAUAUGAUACAACUUGAAACUGUGUUUUUGUUGGCUUGAAAUGACAAUUUUAUAUCUAAAUAGACACUAGUCCUUUUCCACGAAGGCUGCCCUCUUGCAACAUGUUUCCAUAGAAGCACGGAACAAACAAAUCUACAUAUAUGUGUUCUUCUAUCCAGUGGGUGGCCUCACAAAAUGGACCUGCUUCAAGAGAAAGACAGAGUGGCUAUUUUGUGAAAAAAAGUUAGUAUUUGAUGGUGAAAAAGUGAUAAAGGGAGGAUUGUACUUACAGGAGCUUCUUGCCCUCAAAGGCCACUGUUGCUUCACUUGAGGGGAGGGGUGAGCGAGGGAGCGCUAUGAUCCAGAAUCUGACUGCUGUGUGUCACUAAAUUUUCCCGUUGGAACUGGUUAUAAAAAGUAGGUGCAGUUAAAAUCCAGUGACUCUUGAAUGAAAGUCAGUAACUAUGAUUCAGUAUUUUCUGAAACCAACUCUACCCCAGUCCCAAUGAUUCCAAAAGUAGAACCACCUUUCAGACUGGAAAGGCAGUUUUAUGUCUCACUGUAGCACCAUAAAGUUGUAUUUGCACCAUUACUUAGGUAAGAUAAGGUUUAUUUUAUCUUAUCUUGUAAUGCAAUAUCAUCAUGUGAAAUGUUGUAAUGCUUCUAAACUAUGAAGUAAUUAUGAAGUAAGUUGCGCAGUCAAAUGGGGGGGAGAAUUUAUGCAGCAUCUGCAAGUUUUCUUGUUGAGUAUACAGGGAGAGUUUAACCCUUCUGGUGUCAGAAAUCAUGACUGUUUGCCUUUCUCUCCCUCUGUCCCACCUUUCAAACCCAACAUAGUGCCAGCAGAUGGUUGUUUAACACGCUUCCAGUUUUGCUUGAGGUUUUUACCUGUUAAAUGAAGGUUGUGAUGAAUGUUUGAUCUCUAUAAUGACAUAAGAAAGAGUACAGUCUGUGUCUUAUGAUAUCUGUCUUCCUUUCUUUUGUCCUUCGUCUCUUUUAGUUCAUCAGCUUCAUCAUCAUCAUCUGCUACGCUGCCUCUUUGUAUGGAGGCUACUCUGCCGUGGCCAUCUGCCAGAUGGUCUUCGCCAUGAUCUUCUUUGGCAUCUUCAUGAUGGAGAUGGACAAGCAGUUCCAAAUGGUCAACUGGUUGUGGAGUGUAAGUCUUUCAUGUUUCCCACCGCACAAUCUUGCACAAUCGUACUGCGUGUUCAGAGUUGCACAAUUGUACAUCUUCUGCUGUCUUUCUUUGUGCAGGAUCUGUUCCGUGCAGCAAUUGGCGCGGUGCUGUACAUCAUCACAUCGCUGAUUUGUGUGAUUGGAGGAGCUGGGGACGGAGCUCGUAUUGCAGGCGGGGUCAGUGAAUGAAAGAAACAGGGGACUUAUCGUCAACUUGCUUAGUUGAUAAGAGGAAGACACAAAACCACUGAGAAGAUGUUCAGCCAUUGUUGAGUAAUAUUCAAAUCCUGUGUCAUACUUUGUUCCUGUUUUCAGUCCAGUGUGUAAGACCUCAUGAAAACUUGUUGACGUCAUGUGAUUUUUUUUUUCAAGUUUGUAACAAAAUUUUUAAAAAAAAAGAGAGAGAGAGAUUUGGUGUCAUAGUAACCAAAAACAGGAUGCUGCUGUUGACGGGGCAAUUUGAAGAUGAGUCUGAGAUAUGAGAAAAGUGGUGCGAAUUCAGAGUUUACAGGAAACUGGAGGGGAGAGGUCAUGGACACACACACACGCACAAAGAGACAGCCUUUAUGUGCCACAUCAAAACAGCACAGCAUACAGCUUUUAAAAAGUAGAAAAUGAAACCGAGUCAUAAUAAAAGUGUGGAAAAAAACAGACGCUUCUGCCACUGAAAGACAGGAAGCAAGAAUGACUGAGCAGCAUGUCUUAGAGCCCUGCUACAAAAACUAAUGAAUGAAACCUAAAGAUGUGGAAGUAAACAUUUAGGUUCAGAUGUAAGCUCAAUAUAACAGACACGCAUAGAGUGAAAGGUUAUUUCCUAUCUCUUCUUAACCAAAAACCUAUUUGUGGUCUGCGUGGACCUAAUCUGACCUAUUUUCACAUCUGCUUUAAUGUCUUAAACCGCAUGUCUACACCUCAACUGACACACAUUUGACCUGCAGUCAACACUCACCUGUUUCUACCGAUAGUGCUGUAGUCUAAAACAGACAUAUAUUCACCCUCACUGUGGCAUUUCAUAAUACCGGUGAGUUUUUAUCAGCCUGCUGUGUUUCUGAUUCUGAGUCAUUGUUUCUCAGGUGUUUGGUUUGAUCGCCGGCCUGAUUUUUGCUUAUGACACCUACACCAUCUUCCUGGAAGUGAAGAGCACCAGGCAGCACACAGCAGCUUCCACUGGUGAGAACAGCAUAUUUUAUUCAAAACAUACGCUGCAUUAGUUAUUCAACCUUAUUAUUCCAGAUGGGAAACAAGUUCUUUUUCUAAUAUUUGUUUUUGGAUUUACAGACGACAGAGUUUAAACACUCCAAUACAUCCGCCAUGCUUGGUCAAGACUGCAGCGGAAGGGGAAUUUAAUGAAAGUGCGGAUAAGAGAGGACGAUGGACAGGAAACCGAGCAGGUCACAGUUUAAACUAAGGCACUGUAUGGCGGGGAACAGAGGAGAGAUUUAUUAAGCCCAGGGUGAUUCAUUGAGAAUGAGUGGUACUGUCCAUCUGUGCCGUCUUCAUGAGGAAUUCUCCUCACAAGCCUCCACCCAAACCUCAACGUACCACUGAUUCAAAAAAAGGGAAAACUGUAAAUACUAAAGGCAAUGAUGUUGAUGUCAUCAAGCAGUUUGUCUAUAAUAACAUGUCUACAGUUACUGGACUGCUGUAGUGAGUAGUAACAGUGUCACUGGGACUCCAGGAGUAACUGACACGUAAAUGGGUGCUUUACCAAUUGUUUAACAUCAUAAUUAAGCAUUUUGCAAGUGUUCUCUGUUUUUACUGAGAUUUCUAAGCUGGCCAAACAUUUCCUUUUCCUGUUAUUUAAUCACUUCUCUUUAGACUGUGUGUUACAGUGCCUUCAUGUUUUAAUUUACUAGUUUCUACAUCUUUGGAUUGCCCUGAUAUCAUGAAUCAGCAUCUUUAUUUUAGUAGACAGAGUGUAGUCUGCAUCGUGCAUGUCCAUCGACCAUCACACACAUGUUCAGUGCUUGAAGUACGUACAGUGUCAUCCUUCAGAUUCAAUUCUCACUCAGGUUUUUAGUUUUUUUACACAUCUAACAUGUUUUAAGGUUCAAAAUAUUUUGUACAGAGGUACAUUUCUUAAGUACACAGAUGAAGAAAAUAUUUCUAUAACUCAAAAUCACAUAUUUGUUAAAAUAUUACAUGCAUAUGAACAUUUUAAUACAUUCUGUAACUGUUUCCUCGACCUUCUCAUGGUUAAGCGUCCAAUGAAAAUUUGCCUUAUUGUUCCUUUUUUUCUAACAUGUUUUCAAGAGUCUGCAGUUUGUCAUUUCAGAUUCAAUGCAGCCUUACUUUGGGAAAUAAAAGCCAUUUUUAAGACAAAGAA